CGCGGACACAAAUCAUAUGACUCCCGCAUAUAACUCUGAUUGUCGUUUUCGCUACAGUCAUUCAUAGUGCAGUGGUGGACAGUGUUGCACUUCCCAGAAGAUGUUUGCUUCUCGGAAUGGCUUCGUUCAGUUCUGUACGUGGAUGUGUUUGUGUCUCCGUUUGAGCGGCGCGGAUGAUUACGUCUUGGACGACAAAGUUGGGUUGGGAAGGCGAUUCGAUGGGAUUGGUGGUUUAAGCGGCGGCGGAGCGACAACUAGGCUGCUGGUCAACUACGCCGAACCGUACCGGAGCCAAAUAUUGGAUUACCUAUUCAAGCCAAAUUUCGGUGCCUCCUUAGACAUCAUCAAAGUCGAAAUUGGAGGCGAUGCUCAGACCACUGAUGGAACGGAGCCUUCGCACAUGCAUAACGAAAAUGACGAAAACUAUUUCCGGGGUUAUGAGUGGUGGCUCAUGAAAGAAGCGAAGAACCGCAACCCCAACAUCACUCUAGUUGGAUUGCCCUGGGCAUUCCCUGGUUGGGUUGGGCAUGGAACCAACUGGCCUUAUGACUAUCCAGACAUCACUGCCUACUAUGUUGUUUCCUGGAUUAUUGGGGCAAAACAGUACCAUGACUUGGACAUUGAUUAUAUAGGGAUAUGGAAUGAAAGAAAGUUUAACAGCAAUUACAUUAAGCUUCUGCGUUACACCCUGGAUAAAAGUGGUUUGGAAAACGUUAAAAUCGUGGCCAAUGAUAACUUGUGGCAGCCCAUAUCUACGACCGUGCUUCUCGAUCAAGAACUCUCCAAAGCGGUUGAAGUCUUGGGGGCCCACUAUCCGGGCACCAUCACUGUCAAGGAGGCCCUAUUGACAGGGAAGCCCCUGUGGGCCUCGGAGGACUACAGCACCUUCAAUGACGACAUUGGCGGCGGAUGCUGGGCCCGUAUCCUCAACCAGAACUACAUCAAUGGCAAGAUGACAGCCACCAUUUCCUGGAAUCUGAUCGCCAGUUACUAUGAAGACCUGUCGUUUGGCCGUGAUGGACUGAUGACCGCUGAGGAGCCAUGGAGCGGAAACUAUGUGGUGGAGUCUCCUAUAUGGAUAACGGCGCACACAACUCAGUUCACCGAUCCGGGAUGGAUGUACCUGCAGACGGUCGGGCAUUUGGCGCAAGGGGGGAGUUACGUGGCGCUGACAGACGGACAGGGGAAUCUCACCAUCGUCAUCGAAACUAUGUCUCACAAUCACUCUCAGUGCAUAAGACCCCCACUUCCAGCUUUCAAUGUUUCCGCCCAGACUGCCCGCUUCCAGUUGAAAGGAUCCUUUGGGUCUGUAACAUCACUGCAAGUGUGGCACUCCAAAUUUGAUUUCAGCACUCAAAAUUCCACAUUCUUUAAGAAACUUGAACCCACCCAGCUUGUGAAUGGCUCCUUCACCCUGGACCUGGAUGUGGAUGAGGUGUACACACUAACCACCAUCACUACAGGCCAGAAAGGGGUCUAUCCUCCUCCACCUCCCACUGCCCCCUUUCCUAAAGUGUACAAGGAUGACUUCAAAGUCCGUAAUCCUCCCUUCAGUGAGGCGCCGAACUUUGCUGACCAGACCGGUGUGUUUGAGUACUUCAUCAACCUGACGGACCCAGGGCCACAUGUGUUCACAUUGCGUCAGGUGGUCACCCAGCGCCCUGUCACCUGGGCCUCGGAUGCCGACCAGACCAUCAGCGUGAUUGGUGACCACAGCUGGCAAAACUUGACAGUAACGUGUGACAUCUUCAUCGAAACUGUCAAGACAGGGGGGGUGUUCAUCGCCGCUCGGGUGGAUCAGGGGGGAGAGGCUGUCAGAAACACCAAGGGGGUAUUUUUCUGGGUGUUUGCGGAUGGCACCUAUAAAGUCACCAAUGACAUAGCUGGAAAAAGUGUGCUUGCUGAAGGACAGUCUGGAACACAAGCUGGGGUUUGGCACACGCUAAGCCUCACAGUCAAGGGUGACUUUGCUUCGGGAAUGCUGAAUGGAUACCCACUGUGGAAGUCGGCCGUGGUGCUACAGCCCAAGAACGGAUGGGCGGCCAUCGGCACCAGCACGUUCGAACUCGCUCAGUUCGAUAACUUUGAGAUUCAGGCAGAGUGACCGUGACGUUCCUGUGCAUCGCCAUGGUGGCUUCACAUACAUACUCAGCUACACAAGCAAAUGCUGGAACAUGAUCCUUUAUAAACCCAGGCUUCACGUUCGGUCAUCCCUCUCACGUCCAUGUGGGUGACCGCAAGAUACUUUGGUUUCUACUUCUCAGAGAUGUUCGGGUUAUGCGGUCAGGGAAUUUCCCAGAGUGUGUGACCAUACCAAUACAUUAUACUGUUUCACAUCAUGGAUUAAAAGUUUGUGAAAAUAAUAGAUGAAACACUGGUGACUUGGGGGAUUAUUGUGAUAAAAAAAGCCUUUAGUUAAUGAAGAUUGAAUUUGGCCCAGUUUAAUCUUAUAUCAAAAUGGUUGGAAAUUGUAUUGUCCUAAAACACGUGGAAUAGAUCACAUGUGUUUUUGGUUUCUCUCAUGUAGGGAAAUAAACCCCAGCAAGACCUUUGUGUGUUUCCUUCAUGAGACUCAUGUCUUACAUGCUAUCCCUUUAGUUGGAUGUAAUGCAUCUUAAAUCAAGCAUUGAGAUGAUGAACUGUGCCUUAGUGGAUUGAUUUAUUUUUUCUUAUUGAAUGAAAUUGAAAAGUGAUAUCUGCCAAAUGGUAUGGGGAAUGUUUUAUACAAUAAUGCUAUUGUGAUCAUGUGCCUUCAUUUUGCAUAAUCAGUUCCCCAACAAUGCAGCUCAUAAUUAAGGAACUGUGCAGAUGUAAUAAAACCUUAAUGUUUUGAUAAAGGGAACUUGACUUUUUCUCCUUGUUCAGAAAACAGCGAAAAAAAAUAAAUUCUGAAAUCCAUAUGUUUAAUACAGGAAGGAAUGCACUAAAUAUAAACUAUGAGGUAAAACAUACUGAUCAGCAGCACUUUAUUUGUUUGUUUGAAAUAAAGAAUUUUUACAUGUGGA